AUGGAUGAACGAGAUCAGCCCAGCCUGUCUCCUCCAACCAUGCUGGAAGGACACAGUGAGAAUGGCCAGGGCCCGGAGCAGGCAAUAGCUGCCAUCGUGUACACCUUCUGGGAAUAGGCAGGGCACAGUGGUGACAAGUACAAGCUCUGCCAGGCAGAGCUCAAGGAGCUGCUGCAGAAGGAGCUACCCACCUGGACCCCGGCUGAGUUUCUGGAGUGUGACCACAACAAAUUCAUGAGUGUUCUGGACAUCAACAAGGACUGCGAGGUGGACUUUGUGGAGUAUGUGCACUCUCUCGCCUGCCUCUGUCUCUACUGUCACGAGUACUUCAAGGGCUGCCCUCCAGAGCCCCCCUGCUCCCAGUAG